UGGAGAGGUCGUGUAUUCUGCGCUGGAUGCCCUGAAUUCUCUUACAGGCUCUUACCUCGUUAAGUUUGUCCACACAAUCGAUAUGGAUCGAAUUGUGCGAAAGUCUCUGAACAACGAUUUCCCCAUGGUCCGCAAGCAGGCGGUGUCUGUGUUUUCUCUGCUGACACUGCGUUGCCUGUGCGCGCUGUCGGGCCUGGCCUUCAAGGAAGAGGCCUUCGAGAAGCUUCGUGACCGAGCGGAGCAGAUCCAGGAGACCUUAACGAAGUGCCGUGAAAUUAUGCGAUGCGUGGCGGAGGCCCUGCGCGACCCGGACGUCCGCGUGGUGGCGGAGUGCUGCAAGUCGCUGUACAUGAUCAUCGAGGAAAACAACUCCCACAUUUACUCCAAAGUGGACGAAGGAUUCAACUACCACACCAGCGAGGAGGCCAAGGAAGUCUCUCUCUCCCUCUCUGCGACUCAUGUCUAGACGCUCACGAUCUCGCCCUCGCUCGUCUGGGACCUGAUUCCCGACGUGGCCGAGCUGCUGCUGGCGCAGACCUACAACAUCGCGUCGCGGAUUCACCAAGCGGGCAGCAUCGAGGCGGCCAACAUGAUCGAAGGCAUCUCCGAAGCGCUGCUGCUGGCCAUGCACUUCAACGAGGCGGCCGGCUACGAAUGGACGCCGCGUGUGAUCCGCUUGGAGCACAUGCGUCAGCCGCAGAACGUGCCCUGCGACGAGGUGGCGUCGUACUGGGUGCGCUUCGUGCUGACUGAGUACCUCACGAAGGGAGAGCCGGAGGCGAUGUACAUGGCCGCGAAGUACACGGUGCUGCUCAGCCGGUACAAGCUGCUCUCCAUCAACAAGCAGGCCUGGGCGUGCUCGGCGUUCGUCGCGCUGAUGCGGAUCAUGCAGUCGCCCUACGGAGUGGUGGGUCGGUUUUGGCGGCAGAGCCUGACGCGCAGAUCCGAAGGGCGUCGCGGAGCUGCUGGUGGAGGCUCUGCAGAACAUCCCGAAGGAGUUGUACUUCCCGAAGGACGACUCGAUCAUCGUGCGUCUGUACGGACAGUUCGGCGUGCCCACGACGCGCGAUCUGAUUCUGAUCAGCUCGGAUCCGAUGGAGAUUCGCAAGGAGCUGUUCCAUGUGCCCACGGUGUCCGUGUGCUACCGAGCCAUCUACACGGUGCGCGUAGGCGAGGCGAGGCGAGCGAGGGUGAGGCGUAGAACGUGCGAGAGCGAAUGCACCUGCUGCUGGCCAUGGCGCGCUCGCUGGUGGUGAGCAUGCUGCGCGAGGGCAACGUGGACUACGUGGAGAAGGUGAUGAAGUCCACGUUCAUUACCAAUAUUUUCAAGCAGAACGACGGCGAUGUGUUCCGUGAAGAGGUUUGAUUUGGUCUUGUAAGGCAUCAUCUCCAGAUCGUUUCUUCGCUUCUGACCGCCGUGGGUGACGAGCGUCCCUCCAACAUGGCGUCCGUGCAGGCGCAUCACACCUGGGUCAAGGUGUCUCUGAACGUGCUUUACUCGUGCUCUGACUGCUUGACCUGGCCCAGUCAGAGCGGCGUGGCGUGCGAGAAGUACCUCAACGCGCUCUACGCGCUAUGCACCUACGUCCAGAACGAGCAGGACUCCAAGAAGGACAAUGCCGAGGCGACCGAGAAGGACAAUAAUGCCGAAGCGGCCGAGAAGGAGGCCGAGAAGGAGGCCGAGGAGGAGGAGGAGGCCAACGAGCUUCUCUACACGCUGCAGCGCAUUCUGAAGCACCUGGUGAUCGCCGUGCUGCCCAACGUGACCGAGUCCUCCGUCCGUCUGCGAACCAUUUGGAUCCUCGCGCAGUUCGUGUCGUCCUACGAGCUGCAGAAGGUGCUGCUCGGCCUGGUGCUCUACCGCCUCACGCAGACGCAGACCGUCGACGAGGAACUGGACCAGCGCUACGCCGCGUUCGAGCACACCUCGCUGGCCACCGUGGGAUCGGUCGUCACGCUCACCAAAACGGCGCGCGGCGAGAACUUGAUGCUGUCCGACCUGCUGCUGCGCUGCGUGCUGCUGAUCGUGAGCGACAACGAAGAGCUGGCGGUGAUCGCGUACAAGGCCAUCCAGAAAUACCUGCAGCGAACCGAUCUGUCGAUCCCUGCGCGCGAGAACGCGCUGCUGAUCCUCGCUCGCAUCUCGCUGUCCCUGCCGGCGUCCAGUCUGCCGACGGGCCCGCUGAUCCAGGACCAGGACCAUCGCCUGGAGCGAAUCUACUCGUUCGUGGGCACGUUCGCGCCGACGCAGGACACGGACUGCGAGAAGCAGUCGAAGAUCCAGAACAUCCACGACCCCGCCGAGUCCUACCGGCAGUCCAUCCAGAACGCGCUGGUCUCCACGGGCGCCGAGGAGGACGAGGCCGUCCAGAAGACGAGCAACAAGCAGAGCUCGCUCAUCUACAAAGCGCCCACGUUCCAUCUGCGCUCCACGCUGUCCGGAGGCUCCGACCCGCUGCUCAUCGUGGGUAGCUUCCGCUCGCAGUCGGAGAACCGCCAGCUGAUUCUGCGCAUGACCAUCUUCAACGCGACGCACAUCAGCAUCAGCGGCGUUUCCGUGUCGGUGGCGGCGCAGGGCGCGCUGUCCAUGUCGUCGCUGCGGCGCGAAGCCUCGUUCGAGAUGCAGGGCACGCUGCUGCCGCGCGCGUCGGUGACCUGGGAAGCGCCGCUGCUGGUGAAUCGCUUCGAGCGCGGCACCGCGCAGCCGCUGGUGACGCUGAAGAAGGGCGAGGAGACGAUCACGCAGCUCAACGGCAGCAUCACGGAGGGCACGGGCGACCUCGUGCUGCCCUACACGCCCAUCCAGAUCAAGUUCACCGACCUGCUUCUCCCCGCGCCCGAGCAUCUGCUGCGCGCCCAGGCCUUCCGCGCGCUCUGGGACCGUCUCGCGCACUUCGUGUUCAUGGACGCGGUGGUGGAGCAGUCCGGCGAGCGCUUCCUCUCCGAGCACCUCGCCUGCGAGCGCAUCCGCGGCCCCGAGGGCGCCAUCGGCUUCGUCGACCUCCCCGAGAUCCCCGCGCCCAACCAGCUGCAGGCGGCCGGACUGUGCCGCACCUGGAACGGCGACUGGCUGGCCUAUUACUGCGUGGGCGCCUACGCGGUGCGGCCCAGCGAGCGACGCGCGGCGAACGACUCGGCGACGGACACCGCGACGGCGGAGGAGCCCACGGUGACGCCGACGCCGCUGGACGAGACGGAGCGCGAGGCGCAGGAGCAGCACGCGGAGUGGAAGGUGCAGUACGAGUUCCGGUCGACGAGCGAGCAGGUGAUCGGAGCGCUGCGCGCGAACUCGCAGCAAUGGCUGGACGAUCUCACGGACGAGCAGGUCACGCUGGUGAAUCUGUACGAGAACUGCACGGAGACGAACUACCAGAGAAUGGAGAGCGUCAUGUUCCCCGGACUGAGCAAUCUCAUGCUCGAGGGAGACAUGGACAUGGAUGAGGUGCUCUACCGAUGGAACUGCCUCAAGCGAAAUCGUAAAAACCGGUAUGUGGAGGCGCAGGAGGAGGAGGCGGAAGGCGCCGAGGAAGAGUAAACUAUGGAGAGAAAGGUGUGUGGGA